GAAAAUUCAGAGAGUAACAGAUAGUUUUGGGGAGGGGUGGAGAAUUUAGGUAAAUUAAACUCGAUUUUAGAAAUGGAAAUCAUCUCUCAAGUGUGAUGCUGGAAAGCCCGAUGGUGAUCUUAAGAGCCUUUAAAGUCUAAUCCAUGCCUUCAUCCUAGACUGAGAAGUCUCUAGCCACACGGAUGGUGUGUCGUCGUCUGACCAUUGGAGGAAAGCAGAAAGUUUUGAAGGCACUGCAUCUGAUAGUGCGGAUCGUGUGAGAGUGAACAGUGGGAUGAAACUCAUCUGUUCUUUAUUCCCCGCAUGCUGUCGGACUAUCCGGACCCAUUGUGCCUAGGAAGACGACGGCAACUCCAACUAAUAAUGCGGCGCGACUGAUCAUCGACAGGAGACAAUAACCAUUGCCAUUCUAACAUAUUCAUCCUUGGAUAUCUGUAGACAAAGUGCGGCGAAGAACCUUUUGUUCCAUUGUGUUUCUCGCUGUAACGGGACUGUUUCAUUGAGAUCGAUAUGACGUCUCCGGCUAAAUUCCGAAAGGACAAGGAGAUUAUAGCCGAAUAUGAAACGCAAGUUAAAGAGAUCCGAGCCCAGCUGGUAGAGCAGCUCAAGUGUUUGGACCAGCAAUGUGAGCUCCGCGUGCAGCUCCUGCAGGACCUGCAGGACUUCUUCCGCAAGAAGGCCGAAAUUGAGAUGGACUACUCUCGCAACCUAGAGAAACUGGCCGAGAGGUUUCUGGCCAAGACACGCUAUACAAAGGACCCUCAAUUUAAGAAAGAGCAGAAUGUGUUGUCUCCAGUCAACUGCUGGAACCUUCUGUUGUCUCAGGUGAAGAGAGAGAGUCGAGACCACGCCACACUUAGCGACCUCUACCUCAAUAACAUCAUACCACGCUUCGUUCAGGUCAGCGAGGACUCAGGACGCCUCUUCAAGAAGAGUAAAGAGGUGGGCCUCCAGUUACAGGAAGAUAUGAUGAAAGUCCUCAACGAGCUAUACACGGUGAUGAAGACCUACCACAUGUACAACUUGGACAGCAUCAAUGCAGAGAGCAAGCUAAAGGAUGCGGAGAAACAGGAAGAGAAGCAGAUGAGCCGCAACAUCCGACAUGAGGACAGACUGACCCCACGCUCGCCUGACUCGCUCACACAAAUCAAGAACGAGGAGAAACACGUGCGCCGCAGCUCUGUCAAAAAGAUCGAGAAGAUGAAGGAGAAACGGCAAGCGAAAUACACUGAAAAUAAGCUGAAAGCCAUUAAAGCCAGGAAUGAGUACCUCUUGGCUCUGGAGGCAACCAACAGCUGCGUCUUCAAAUACUACAUCCAUGAUAUAUCUGACCUCAUAGAUUGCUGUGACCUGGGCUACCAUGCCAGCCUGAACCGUGCACUUCGUACCUACCUCUCAGCCGAGUUUAAUGUGGAGACUUCCAAGCACAGUGGUCUGGAGACCAUUGAGAAUGCUGCAGAGAACCUAGAGGCUAACGAUGACAAACAAAGGCUCAUGGAGACGUACAACAAUGUCUUCUGCCCUCCGAUGCGCUUCGACUUCCAGUCUCACAUGGGUGAUAUGUUUGGAAACCUCUCUGCCCAGCAGCCUUUGCAGGGAGAGCUGAUCCAGAGAUGCCAGCAGUUGCAGUCCCGCUUAUCCACACUAAAUAUUGAGAAUGAAGAGGUGAAGAAAACGAUGGAGGCCACUCUACAGACCAUCCAGGAUAUGGUGACCAUUGAGGACUAUGAUGUGACUGAUUGCUUUCACCACAGUAACUCAAUGGAGUCAGUCAAGUCCACUGUGUCUGAAUCUUUUAUGAGCAAACCCAGUCUAGCCAAGAGACGAGCCAACCAGCAGGAGACGGAACAGUUCUACUUCACGAAACUGAAGGAGUUUCUUGAGGGCAGGAACCUCAUCACCAAGCUACAGGCUAAACAUGACCUGAUUCAGAAGACUCUGGGAGAAAGUCAGAAGACGGACUACUGCCUUGCCAGCGGACGGAGGAACUCCACUGUACGAAAACAGGAGUCUAUCCAAAUAAUUCCCCUGAUGGUGGAGAGUUGUAUUCGCUUCAUCAGUCGACACGGUCUCCAUCACGAGGGCAUAUUCAGAGUCUCUGGCUCCCAGGUGGAAGUCAAUGACAUUAAGAAUGCCUUUGAGAGAGGUGAGGACCCACUGGCUGGGGACCAGAAUGAUCAUGAUAUGGACUCCAUCGCUGGAGUCUUAAAGCUGUAUUUCAGAGGCCUGGAAAACGCCCUCUUUCCAAAGGAAGUCUUCCAUGACCUCAUGUCAUGUGUCUCCAUGGAGAACCUCCUGGACAGAGCUGUCCACAUCCACAAAGUCUUGCUGUCUUUGCCCAGCAACACCCUGGUUAUCAUGAGAUACCUGUUUGCUUUUCUCAACCACCUGUCCCAGUAUAGUGACGACAACAUGAUGGACCCCUACAACCUGGCAAUCUGCUUUGGCCCCACUCUCAUGUCUGUACCUGAGGGCCAUGACCAAGUCUCCUGCCAGGCACAUGUAAACGAGCUAAUCAAAACCAUCAUCAUUCAACAUGAUAGCAUCUUCCCCGGGCCCAGUGAGCUGGAGGGACCCAUUUAUGAACGUGGAGGAGCCACUGAAGAAUACUGUGAUAGUCAACGCAUUGAGCCCCCCCUAGUGGAUGAGCCUGCACCUGACGCCACCUCUGAAAUUCAUAACAGUGAGGAUGUAAAGUCAGGGUCCUUGAACGUUUCAGAGUCGGACCCCAUCGAGGCCAUCGCACGUUUUGACUUCUCUGGACGUACCAAUCGUGAGCUUUCCUUUAAGAAGGGGGCAUCUCUGCUGCUGUACCACCGUGCCUCUGAGGACUGGUGGGAGGGUCGCCACAACGGCACAGAUGGACUAGUGCCGCACCAGUACAUUGUAGUGCAGGACAUGCCGGAUGGAUAUACAGGAAGAGGAAGUCCCAAAGCUGACCUAGAGGCAUCCCAUGAAGCUAUAGAAGGGAAGAUGUCCGCAAGAGCCAGUGCCAGCUCGCCCAUUGGAGGCCAUGUGGCUGAUAUCUACCUGGCCAACCUGAACAAAUUCAGGAAACAUCCAGAAGCGACCAGUAUUCGUAGAACAUUCCGGCCAGUGGAGGGGAUGGGAGAGGGCUCUUCCGGUGCAGCAGGGGGUUUAAAGACCACCUCCAUGCCUGCAGUAGGACUGCAAAAAGAGGGGACAGACAAGCGUCCUGUCAGCGCUCACAGCGUCCUGAACUCCAUCACCCGUCACUCUUCUUUGAAGACUAAGGUCGAAGGACCCCAGCUCCGUAAGAGCACACCUGCAGGACGAUCCAAGAGUUUCAGCAACCACAGACCCCUGGAUCCAGAGGUCAUCGCUCAGGUGGAGCACAGCUCACAGGACAUUGAGGCAACGAUGAACACCGCUCUAAGUGAGCUGCGAGAGCUGGAGAGGCAGAGUAGCGUCAAACACACUCCUGACAUUGUGCUUGACACUCUAGAGCAGCUAAAAAGCGGUGGGGCGUCUGAGCCCUCCAGCCCCCUCCACUCCCGCCUGCUCCGCGAGGCCGACUCCUCCCAGCAUCCUCUGCAGCGCAGCGUCAGCUCAGCCAGCGACAUGCCCUCCACCUUCCGGCCCAUCAAGAGCACCGGACCCAAGUCCCCUUUGUCAUCCAUGUCAGUCACAGGUCUCUCUGCUUCCGGCUCCACCUUCAGAGAUAGCAAGCCCCCAGCAACCAAGCCCAAGCCUGUUGUUUUCCCAAAGAGUGGUUCUGCUGGGGGCAGUCCAGCGAUGGGAUCCCCGACCACCACCAUACCCCCAACACCUCCACCCCCUCCACCACCCAACGACAAGUCCUGUCCAGUCUGAGGGUUACCAACCUCUGUUUCUUAGUAAUUCUGAGAACAUCCUCAGAACUGAUAUUGACUUUUUAGGAUCUUAAUGGACAACUGCAGACUGCUUGGAAUGCUUGCGUGAAUUUGUGUGUGAGGAACUGAUGAAAUACAUAAGUUGAAAUAUUAGAGCAAUUUUACAGUGCUGUUUUAGUUUGGACAUAACGGUCCAUAUUUUCUAAUCCCAAUUUUACAACUCCCUGGAGUUGUUUUUUUCCUCUGUGUUGACUGAUUUUGUUUAUGAGCAAGGGCUGAAACCUUGAGGACAAAAGAACAGUGGAUAUCUUUACUCUCCCCCUCAGACUUAAAGUGGAGCUGGUUUUGGUGACACCACAGAAGAAGCAGCAAACUUGAAGCAGGUUACUAGUAGUAAAUUAGUUCCGUCAACUGACCUUUCGCUAAACUCCGCCCCCCUUGGUUACUGUUGCUCACUCUGAUAAGAUUUGCAGAA